AUGCCCGGGCUUGCUGACAGCACCAAAAUAUUGAUGAUAUCGCUGGCAGCAUAUGAUCUGCUGACUGGGGUUAUGUCCAUACCAAACGUGAUCGCGUCAGCGUUUGACCGCUGGCCGUUUGGAGAGUUCUACUGCUCCAUCAAUGGAACCAUAGACGCUACCUGUUGUUGUAUGUCCAUCACUCUUAUUGUACUUAUGAACGCAGAGAGAUAUAUUGCUGUGACCCUGCCUUUCAGGUUCCCAAUUCUCUGCGCAAAAACGACGCGUAAUCGCCGUCGUCUCAUCGCCUCGGCUGUAUCUCUGGUCCUUCAAAUCUGCUUGAGUUACUUCAAAGAGGACAAUAAUCAGUUUAAGGCUGUGUUGAUUUGUGACGUGGUAUUCAAUGGCACUGUUUUUAGAGAUUUCGUUUUAUUCUUCCUUUGUCAUACUCCCCUUGUGGUGCUGACGUACAUUUACCUGCGGUUGAUCAAACUCAGUCAGAAUCAUGCCGUGAUGCUGAACAAGUGCAACAACGCCGGCAAACGACACCAGUUUCCUUGA